GAGAGGGGCGCUGCUAUGUACGGUAUCUAGCCCCCCAGCGCUCCAAGUCUGUCAGGUCUGUUCUUUCCCUUUGUCUCGGCUGGAGAGAGGGAGCAAGGAAGUGAAACAGGGAGAGAGAGGAUCGCUGGUUCCUAAACAAGCCUUGGGCAUUGGACUAUAGAGGACUGCUUGGAAGGAGACUCAAGGAGAUGUAUACUAUAAUUUAAGGGCAACGCUGACCUUCCUCAGCCUAAGUACUCUUGUGGAGGCCAUAUCUAGUGAUUAAAGGUUACUCUGUGAUUCUCGAGGUGUGUGGUCGUUCAUAACACGUCCCUAAACCAUGCUUGCCCUGUGGCUGCUCCUGCUCCCGUGCCUGUCUCUGUCACCGCUCGCUCAGACCGAGAAGGGACUGGAGUUCCCUCGCUAUGACGGGAAAGACAGAGUCAUCGACAUCAAUAACAAGAACUACCAGAAGGCCAUGAAGAAGUACACCAUGAUGUGUCUGCUGUACCACAAACCCAUCCCUGAUGGGAAGGAGCUGCAGAAACAACACCUGAUGACUGAGAUGGUGCUGGAGCUGGCUGCUCAGGUUAUGGAGGAAAAGGAAAUUGGGUUUGGAAUGGUAGACUCCCACAAAGACACCAAGGUUGCCAAGAAGCUGGGCCUGGUGGAAGAGGGCAGUGUGUAUGUGUUCAAGGCAGACCGUGUGAUUGAGUUUGACGGCAUGCUCUCUGCCGACACCCUGGUGGAGUUCCUUCUAGACCUUUUGGAGGAGCCUGUGGAGGUCAUAGGAAAUGCUCUGGAGCUGAGGGCCUUCGACAGGAUGGAGGAAGACAUCCGCCUCAUUGGAUAUUUUAAGAACGAAGACUCAGAACACUACAGUGCGUUCAAGGAGGCUGCAGAGCAGUUCCAACCCUACAUCAAAUUCUUUGCCACCUUUGAGAAAGCUGUGGCCAAGGAGCUGACCCUGAAAAUGAACGAGGUAGAUUUCUACGAGCCCUUCAUGGAGGAGCCUGUCACCCUCCCUGACAGACCCAACUCUGAGGAGGAGAUCGUGGCUUUCGUCACUGAACACAGAAGGCCAACACUGCGAAAGCUGCGUGCUGAGGACAUGUUUGAGACAUGGGAGGACGUUGUGGAGGGGAGCCAUAUAGUGGCCUUCGCAGAGGAGGAGGACCCUGAUGGUUAUGAGUUCCUGGAGCUGCUGAAGGAGGUGGCUAGAGACAACACCCACCACCCUGGUCUCAGCAUAAUCUGGAUCGACCCUGAUGACUUCCCACUGCUUAUCCCCUACUGGGAGAAGACCUUCCAGGUGGACCUGUUCAAACCUCAGAUCGGCGUGGUCAACGUUACUGACGCUGACAGCAUCUGGCUGGAGAUGGAAGAACAAGAUCUGCUCACAGCCCAGAAGCUGGCGGACUGGAUAGAGAACGUCCUGUCGGGCAAGGUCAACACAGAGGAUGAUGAUGAGGACGACGACGAUGAUGAGGACGAUGACGACGAUGAUGACGACUCUGAUGAUGACUCUGAUGAUUCGGAUGACUCUGAUGAUGAAGAAGACGACGACGACGAUGAUGAAUAAUUCAAAAACUGUGAAUUUGUCAUCUAGAAUUAAUAACAUUGUUGUAUAGUCUCUUUACUGUACUAUCAUCAAAGUUUAGGGUGAGAGAAAUAGACCUAAACGCUUUUAUAGAAGAUUUUGUACAACGUGUCUGGCCUAAGUCAACCGCUCUGCAUUAUAAGAAAACCCAUUAACAGCAUUUGUUUUUCAUGAAUCUGGAAAAAGAUCUAUUGAUAAACUGAAAUCAAUCUGAAAAAGAGAAUUAACAAUGUGCUGACAAACAAAGAUGCUUGAGAAAAACCCAAACCGUACUUUCCAUCCUUCCCUUAAUUCUACUAAUUUAUGAAAAUGGUUGGCGACCAAGACAAAGACAUAAAUCAAAAUUUUGUUUGAUCAAUGUGGCGGCAUUCCUAGGCCGUCAUUGUAUAUAAGAAUUUGUUCUUAACUAACUUGCCUAGUUAAAUAAAAAAACAUCUGUGAACUGCUGCUGUACACUAUCCUAAACCUCAAUAAAGUGUGGUAUCUUUGUGUA